AUGCUCAAGCUGUGCGCCGACCGAUGCGCCCGCUGGCUACACAAGCAACAACGUAGAGCCAGACCCCGGAUAGCGAUGAAGCCCUCCGCAAGCCUUCUCGCACUCGCAAGCGUUGCCACGUGCCUCCUUGAGGGCACGCACGGCUUCGUGGCACCGAUCAACAACCUAGCUGCCGGCGGCGUAACCUCGGGGACACAUGAUGUUUGUUCAAGUGCCGCCAUCUACAGCAGGAGCAGCGGCAGCAGCCAUCGGCACCUCUUACACCGCAGCUCUCGACGGCUUCGACACGAAUCUCCGCCGCUGAUGAUGAUGGCAGCAGCGGGCAAGAAGCGCAAAAGACGGAAAGUAAGAAAGGGCACCACUCCAACCGCACCGCCGGCAUCCCCGGCAGCUGCGAUACCGCCGAAAAGGCCCGCCGCAGACAGCGGUGCUGGUGCUGGUGCUGAGGGCGGCGUGGGCGAGCUCGGGGACGUCUUGGAGGGAGACAGGAGCGUCGAGGCACUGUUUACAGACGAUUGGUCGGGUAUGCCCGCCAACACCGGGAUGACCAAGUCCAACGUCCCACUCCCCGAUAUCUCAGAGUUCAAGCCCUCUAGAAGGGCUGAAUCCACCCUCGAACAGCGCGAGAAGAAAAGCGCGGUGGGGCUCGUGGUCGGUGCCGGCGACGGUGACGACGACGACGCCGUUCCCGCCAGCCGCCUUGCUGGAUUCGAGUCCAAGCUGACCCCCAUCGUGGACCGGGAGGAGGAGAGGCGGCAAAAGAACGCGGCGGAGCGCUUCGAGGAAGGCCCGAUCGUGCGGGGGCUCAAGACGGCCACCUGGUUCAGCAUCUGCACCCUGGUGCUCUGGGAGAUUUACAUCAAUUCGCCCUGGUUCCACGCGCCCGAGUCGCCGCCACCGAUAUUGUAGUCAAGGUUGUUUCCCUCCCUUGAAUCUUUACCCUGAAACCGCAAAUAUGGUGUCCGUGCUGUGUCGUUGCUUGCAUUCACUAUGAAGUAGCGCGAGAAAAGAGUCGAACGCAAAUAUUUUCGGGUUAUUUUCUGUUUCCCUGUCCUGUCAUGCAUGCAUGUGAGAGUACAGAACCGCUUUUUCGGGGACAGCAGAUGUGUUGCCCACAAUCGUUUCAGCCAGCGGGUGUGCCUUAGGCUUCGUCUUGUCUUAUGAUAGUGCUGUCACAACCGUUCUAGGCAUAAGAAUGACGCCAUGUCGUCCCGAUGGAAGUAUUCGUGUUUUCGCGCAGCCUCCGCUUGAGUGUAGAGAGCUGUUGAUGGUUUCCGUGCAACGCUCGCCUUCUUGGUUGGGGGAAGAAGAGGCUCUAACGGGAGAGACCAAAAAUGUCGAGUACUGUUGGUUGCGACAAGUGUACCUGUGUAUCGGUCAGGCCCGUCUUUGUUGCUUUGGUGUGCACGCACCGUGGCGCGGUUGCACUUGCUGACUGCGAUUUCGGGUACAUACAUGCCAUGAUGACAGUCUAGCCGGUGGCGGGGAGGAGUCUGCUCUGUCGAGUGGAGAUGGGAAGUAUGUAGCGCAACGGCUCUCGGCGGCUUGUUGGCCUGAAGUGCGAGCCAACGUAGAGGUGGAGUCUCCGCGAGGUUGGUCUGGGUUUGCUAAAUUGUAUUUGUGGUAGUGUUAACACGCACAUGUGAACUGUGGGCGAGUCCGCAGCCAGCAGCUCACCAUUGUCGCGCCUUCUUGUAGCGGACCCGAUGCCGCUCGUAAUGUGGUAUUUAGGUUGGUAUACAGACAACGGUUGUUAUCGUAAUCGGUAGGGGAGUGCGUUCGUAUGACUGGGCGCCGGCCGAAAUAGAUACAUAGGUACACAGGAGGUUUGCAUGGGUGCAUGCUGUCAACGCAUAGCUGUUGCCAGGGGUUGCUUGCUUACUGUUUGUGAGAGGUAUCGGAACAAAAUUCCAGAACGUCAGUUUUCGGGCGGCCUGUGUCGUACUUCUACAUGAAAUCGAAACGAUCGGAAAUUUCGAGAGAGUCGAUGUAGGGCCGAGAGAGAACCAGUCAUUUGGGUUGUAGACCACGGGAAGCGCGCAGCCACCCAACACUAGAAGGAUCUUGGGU